CUUUGGUGUCUUGCACAAGUCUUUGGUACUCCGGUCGUGCGAGUGAUCGGGCCAGUUCUCUCCGGUAUAGCGAACGGAUUGUAUCGUAUCCUCUUUCUCUUUCUUUCUUUCUUUCUUUCCCUCUCUAUUUCUCUCUCUUUCAUUCUCUUUCUUUCCCUUUCCCUGUUUCUCGUACUUUUCACUCUUACUCUUUACUCUUUCUCGUUUGGUUACUUUCGUUGCUAACUUUCCUCGUUGUAUAACAAAAAUAUCAAACAUAAAAAUACUUGACCAGAAAUAAAUUCUUAUUAGAUCAUACGAUUGGAACGCGGGGAGACAGAUAAUAAUAAUAAUAAUAGGAAGAAGAAGAAGAAGAAUAAGAAGAAGAAGAAUAAAAGGGUCAAGUUCAGAGAAAUAAAGAAAUAAAGAAAUAGAAAGACGAUAUAUCUCGUUGUUUCUAUAUUAUUCUUGAAUCAACCAAAAGAACCCUUCACUGCGAGAAAAUUCUUCAGUUCGGCAUUGAAUUCGUGAGCUUGUGCAGUGAGAAUCCUUUGUUGUAUUUCUUGGCUCCUCCUGAAUCUGUUAUCAUCAUUAUCAUCAUCAUCAUCAUCAUUAUCAUCAUAAUCAUCAUCAUUAUUAUCGUUAUCGUAUCGUUGGUGUUAUUACCGUUACUAUUACACGUUCCUAUUCUAAUAAGUGUUCGUGAUUUUUCAUCGAGAUACAUUAUCCUUUGUUCUACAUUUUGUAAUAUAGAUGUUAUAAAAUUUAUUAUGGAAUUCUCGUACGAUGGAACAUUUCAAAUCGUGCUCCGAUAAAGGAUCGACGAAUCAAAGAAACGAAAAGGGAUUAUCAUCACGUCCGUCUUCCUAACGUUUCUUUCUGACUACCUGGUGUACUUCUCGAAAGUUCAAAACAAUUUAACGAUCUAUCGCAGAUCAUGAAUCUGUCAAAUGCAACAUCAACAGUACCAACAGCUUCUUUGGAGUUGAAAACAAGGCGAGCACAGUUUCAAACGCAAACAUCGACCUUGGAUGCGAGAAGAAGACAAGCGGUAUGCGUUAGAAGAGCGUGUAAGAGAUAUGGACCGAAAAAGAAUUUUAAUAUUGUCCUAGAUGGAUUAAACAUGACGGUGCCUAAAGGCACGAUUUAUGGUCUACUCGGUGCCAGUGGUUGUGGGAAAACAACUUUAUUAUCCUGUAUCGUGGGUCGAAGACGUCUGAAUUCCGGAGAAAUUUGGGUUCUAGGUGGUAAACCGGGAUCAAAAGAAUCAGGUGUACCAGGUCCACGAUUAGGAUACAUGCCACAAGAGAUAGCACUUUAUAGUGAAUUUUCUAUAAAAGAAACGUUUAUAUAUUUUGGCUGGGUCGCAGGUAUGACGACCGAACAGAUUAAAAUUAAAUUGGAGUUUCUUUUGAAGUUCUUGCAAUUGCCAUCGGAGAAUCGUUUUAUUAAAAAUCUGUCGGGUGGACAACAGAGAAGGGUAUCAUUCGCUGCAACGUUAUUGGGCGAUCCAGAACUUUUAAUUUUGGACGAACCAACCGUAGGAGUUGAUCCAGUAUUACGUCAAAAUAUUUGGGAUCAUUUGGUCCAGUUAACAGAGGAUGGUAAAAAAACGAUAAUCAUAACGACACAUUAUAUCGAGGAGACAAGACAAGCGAGUAUAAUUGGUCUUAUGAGGGGAGGUAAAUUUCUUGCUGAAGAAUCACCGAGCAAGUUGAUGGAAAUGCAUAGAUUGGAUACUUUGGAGGAUGUAUUUUUAAAACUUAGUAGACGUCAGAACAUGGGUCUCAGAAGAAGAAGUAGUAUUCUUAGUAGCGUUACCGGUGUACCACCGGAACCGGACGCCGAUGACGAGAUGAGUGGCGAAUUUGGUGACAACGUUAGUAUUUCUAGUCGAAGAAGAAGCAUAGUCGUUACGGAUGAAGGAAAUUUGCCGGAAUUGCCGUCGGAGAAAAAAAAUAUUUCUAAUUUCAACGUCUUAAAUUUACAACAUAUGAAAGCGUUAAUAUGGAAAAACUUUUUAUGGAUGUGGAGAAAUUUUGGCAUAAUGGCGUUCAUCAUCGGUUUACCAGUAAUACAGAUCGUCUUAUUUUGCCUUUCUAUCGGAAAGAAUCCCGUUGGUUUAACAUUUGCUAUUGUUAACAAUGAACUUGACAACAGUACCGAUGAAUGUAUACCAUCAAUUGGUUGUAAUACAACAUUAUUGAGUUGUCGAUUUUUAAAUCACCUAAAGAAUACAUCUAUGAUAUUUGUACCUUAUGACAAUCAACAAGAAGCUGAGUACGCGGUUAAAAAAGGAUGGGCAUGGGGUGUAAUAUCAUUUUCAGCUAAUUAUUCCGAAGCUUUAAUUUCGAGGCUAGAAAAUGGCAAGAAUACGGAACAAUGGGAUCUCAUAUAUUCUGACAUGGACAUCGUUAUGGAUAUGUCGAAUCAACAAAUUGGUCAGCUCUUGCAAAGAAACAUCUUAUAUUCUUAUUUAGAUUUUGCUCGUGAAGUUACCGUUGCAUGUAACUAUAACGAAAAAGUAACCAAUAUACCUUUAAAUUUUCAAACACCGAUCUAUGGACCUUUGAAUCCAAAUUUUACUGAUUUCGCAGCACCAGGAAUCAUUUUAACUAUCAUCUUUUUCUUAUCGGUUGCUUUAACAUCGGGAGCUUUGUUACUAGAAAGGAACGAAGGUUUAUUGGAAAGAAGUUUAGUGUGCGGUGUUACCGGUACUGAAAUAUUAUUCGGUCUGGUGUUAACCCAAUUCGUGGUAAUGAUUGGACAAACUUUAAUGCCAUUGUUUGUGCCGAUGAAAGAAGUGCUACUUACGUUGCUAUGGGAUCCUUUUUACCGAUAGUUAUGUUAUGUGGAAUAAUUUGGCCAACCGAAGGAAUGCAUCCUAUUCUUCAAAAAAUUAGUUACGUUUUACCAUUAACGAAAAGUACCGAAUCAAUGAGGUUUAUGUUAGCCAGAGGCUGGGAUUUAUCAAGGUCUUCGGUCUACGGUGGUUUCAUUGCCACUCUUAUUUGGAUCACUUUCUUUCUUAGUAUAGCAAUAUUUUUAAUUAAAUUUAAAAAAGGAUAGGAAUAUAUAUAUAUUAUAAUGAAUUGUAUUAAUUAUAUUAAUCGGUAAUAUUGAAGAAAAAGAUAGAGAGCAAAAAAAUAAUGAAUAUAUGUAGAUGGAUUGACAAGUAUAGAAACUAAACAAG